AUGUCACUCCAACACCUCGACAGCCCGCCCAAGGCCGACGACUUCACCCCGCUCUCGGAACACCAGCAGCAGACGCCAGCUUCUUUCUUUGGCGCAAAGCCCGUUCUUCACGCCCACUAUGAAGCCAUGACUCUAUCUGUUGCUGCCGAUCAGCUUCAGCAAGACCCUGCAUUCAGCAAAUUCAGUUCAAGACGCGAGGGAGAAGAGGACUUGGUAGACGGGGUUGACGUUUGGGUCUCUUCAGAGCAUAAUACACCCUCGCCCGUCGGCAUAUCUAUCCCGUAUCCGUCUCUCGCUCUCCACGCAACAAUGAAGUACAAGUCAACCAUCGAAGCACUGUAUAUGAACAUCUCACUCAACGACGCCGAAACUGUCAACGAAGACGAUGACAUUCGUAUGCUUGAAAUCACUGUUCUGCCUCCAUCUUAUGCGACGAAACCUACCGACACGUGUAUCUCCGAGUUCUUCGCUGCGCUAAAUACUUGUGCGGAUCUUCAUCCUGACCCAGACGCUAGUGACGAUGAGGGCGAUGAUAUGCUGGAUGACACAGCGCCUGGUGCAUCGGGCUGGAUUACAGCGGACAACAUGGACGAAUAUCUCGAUGAAGAUGGUAACUUUAAGGGCAUGGUGAUUGGAGAAGAGCUGGGUCCAGGUGCUGGCACAGUAAGGACAAGGGAGGAGGCAGACGAUGGAUCAAAUGGUGUCAAUGGAGCUGAUGGACACGAAGAAAAGUACCACCGUACUGGCUAG